UUUUUUUUCUCUUUUCUUUAUAUUAAAAUGAUAUUUGCCCAUGGCGAUCAAUGAACUUGAUACUCAGCCAUCUUUUGAUAAAGAAGAACCAAUAUUACCUGAAGGAGUUCUUAGACUUCAAAUUCUGGAUUGUAUUUUGAAUAAUAUACCUGUCAAGAAACCUUACUUUCUUAUCACUCUUGGAGACCAAAAGAAACAGUCAACAAUAUCUGAAGAACGCAUUUGGAAAAAUGAACAGUUUGAUUUAAAGGUUGAUUUCCAUGCUCAAUUGUUUGGCACCUUACAACUUGAUCUUUAUGAAAGCAACACUUGGUUUUCAGACAAACAUAUUGGAAGAACAGAAAUAAGACUCUGUCUUUUAGAAACAAUGCCAUAUCAGUUCACCAACUAUUAUGAAAUUUGGGAUAAGCAACUAUCAUCAGGUGCUAGUUCUUCUGUUGGUCAAGAAACUGCACGAAAAAACAAUCUCGGUGUUCUUCACAUUCAAAUAGCAUAUCGUUAUCAAUUGGCUUCUAGCAAUCUCUCUUCUACUGAUGUUCUUUUGAUGAACGGGAAACAACAAGAUAAUUUACCACGACGACUUUCCGACCUCCUUUUAUCAACAACAAAUAACGAUCAGAUGAAGGACGACGAUGAUGUUAGAACGGAUAUUUAUUCGAUCACUCAAGAUGGACCUCCAGGCUCGAUGAAUUUACUAGAAAAGGAAGCAAUGGAUGAAGAUUUGAAACGAUAUGCGAAAUUCCAACGUCAACGUGGCAAACGAUCGGAUGGGAACAAUGAAUAUGGAUCUAUAUUGAAUGACUAUGAUGAAGAUGAAGAUGAUGAUGAUGAUGAUGAUGAUGAUAUUAUCAAACAAACGACAAAUGAAAAGCCAUUACCAGCACACGAAACAGAUACCGUAGUAGAAAAUCAAGACAGUAGUAAAGAUAAUCGGCAAGUACUAGGUGCUAUAGGCAAAUUACUCGCACAAUUUGGACAAGGCCUUGAACUUGGUAAUUUUCAAAUCUUGACUGGUUUCAAUCUUUUGGAAAAGUACUAUGCUCAAUUACCACGGGAUCGCGAAAAGGAUAUUGUUCUCGAUUUGAACCAAGUAGAAUUGAUGGGUCAUUUUUGGAAGUUUGCUUUGGCAUCUUAUGGUUGGAAAGGAUUGAACUUUUUAGGUCGUGGUAAUGGUGUAUUUUCUGAUGGUUGGCGAGAUAAUUCGGAUGCUUUAUCGAUUGUGGAAUACCUCUCUAUACCAAAGGCGGAUCUAUUGGCUUAUGAAUUUAGAAGUGCUGAAGCUUUUCGUCCAAGUUAUUUUAUUGCUUUGGAUCGAUCUACUGAUGCUAUUGUUCUGUCUAUAAGAGGGACGAUGAGUGUUUCAGAUACACUUACUGAUCUUGUAUGCACAUACGAACCUUGGCGUGGUGGUAUUGUUCAUUCUGGAAUGAAGGAAUCUGCUAUGUGGUUUUUACGAAACGUGGCACCUCAACUAUUAGUAUAUUGUCGAAAAUACUCCGUUUCUAGGCUCUAUAUUAUUGGACAUAGUCUUGGAUCAGCAACUGCAGCCAUUUUAACGAUGAUGUUGAUGGAUUAUCUGGAUGAAUUCAAAGAACAGGGUGGUGAAGGAUUUACUUUGGAAUGUUUUGGAUAUGCACCUGCAUGUUGCCUGGAUUUGAAAUUGGCCGAAAAGUACAAGGAAAAUAUACAUUCGUUUGUAUCUGCUGAUGAUAUUGUUAGUAAACUCAGUUAUGGCAGUAUGAUGACGGUCAAGGAUAUGAUUAUUGCUGGUGUAGAAGCAUCCAAGUUGGUAGCACCCAAAUCUACGGAAGGGGAUCGAUGGAAACUAGCGUUUGAACGGAUUAGCAAGGUGAGAGAUCGAUGUCUUGCUUCCAAGGAAAAUCCAAGGUUAUACGUUGCUGGACAAAUAUACCAAUUCUGGCUGGAUCCAGUGCCUGGUAAUGAUACAAGGGUAGUGAUCGAGAAAACAAGUGCCCAGCAAGUAUGUAGUGAAGUGGUUAUACAACGGUCAGUCAUAGGUGAUCAUCUACCCAGUAAUUUUGAUUUGGCAGUCAAACGAUGUCGAGAAACUCUGAUGAGACAAGGACAACAACAACAAAAACUGGACGAUACCAGAGAACUUACGAUCUCUACGGAUGAUUUAUGGCAUCAAUUUUCAACUCUGAAAUGCGACAAUAAGAAUGAAUCAACAAAUUGAAUUUUAUUUAGAAAUAUUAGUAUUCAAUAAAUCAUUGUUUUUUUUCACUUGACGGGA